CGGCUUCUUUCAAAAUCCACGGAGCGGUAGGGAUGUAUUAAAAUUCAACAAUAUAAGGCAUAUACUGCCUGUAUAAAGUAUUUUAUAUUGAACACCAACACUAUCAGAGCAUGUGGAACGCGUCAAUGGUUAGCAGUAUCAGUCUACCAGUGUUAAUAUCCUGCUAAGAGUAUUUAUGAUAAAUGAUGUAGAUAUUGUAGGUAUUUGAAUCUAGUAAAAGAGAUGACCCGAUACAAUUUCAGACCUGGCGGGAUGGUGGGAGAGAUGGGAUGUACAGAAAUGUGUUUAUAUAUCAAGUCUGACCCAGAGUAACUUGGCUAGUGAGAGAAAGGCUGUAAACUGGCUCUAAAAAACGACGGCGUGCGCAAGAAGCAAAGUAUUGAACGUGGUCUCCUCCCCCGCGCUGGUGGGAAAAAAAGAAAAAGCAAAAACACUGAGGCGCUGCUGCGCGAGAGGAGCACGUCACAUCCCCUUGACCCUCCAAUCACCUCGGGCUCCCAUUUGAUUGGAAGGCGGCAAAGGCUUUAAUCUCGCACUAAUUCAGCCGCUUUUGAAGUGAAAAUUUCUCCCAGUUCCCGGCUUGGGAGGAGCAGCGCGCGGACGUGCGGCAGAGCAGCGAGAGAGCGCGCGCGACGCGUGUGGUGGGAGAGAGAGACGCAGCAGCUCCGGGAUCGGUGGAGAGAGAGCUCGCGCCUUCCCUCUUGCCAGCGGAUUAACACCGACUGACGUUUGCAUUUCUUUUUUUUUUUCUUCGUUUGUUUUUUUGGUUUUUCUAUUUUUUGAGCAGCUGAGAGCGAAGACCGCCGCGUUCAUGAGUCCGAGGAGUGAGCGCGCGACUAGCGGGUCAUGAUCACAUCGCCCUCCGCUACUCUUCUCCGAUACGGCGACUCGGCACUAGCGUGGGACAGCAGCGGCUCUCGGAAUACCAGCAGCAAGCCUUUCUUCCACCCCGUCCCCCCAUCGGACCCUUUACGGCAAGCGCAGCGGCUCCCCAUCAAAGUGCUAAAAAUGCUCACGGCACGCACAGGACACAUUUUGCACCCGGAGUACCUGCAGCCUUUACCGUCCACUCCGGUCAGCCCUAUCGAGCUAGAUGCCAAGAAAAGUCCACUGGCGUUGCUGGCGCAGACAUGCUCCCAAAUAGGCAAGCCGGACCCCCCGCCCUCCUCCAAGCUCUCCUCGGCAUCGUCCGGCAGCUCCGGAGAAAAGGAGGCUAAGUCCGGCCCGCUGAAGCUCAGCGACAUUGGAGCGGAGGACAAGUCCAGCUUCAAGCCGUACUCCAAGCCGUCGGACAAGAAGGAGUCGUCUACGGGCGCGACGGGCGCGGACAAGUCCGGUUUCCGCGUGCCGAGCGCCACCUGCCAGCCAUUUACGCCUAGGACGGGCAGCCCCACCUCCAGCACGUCGGCCUCACCGAUGCCAUCGGACGGCAAGGGUGAGCGGGACGAGAAGAAGGAGGGCGAGUGCGCCAAGUCGUGCGCCACGGACAACUCUGGAGCCACGGGUGUCAGCCACAGCCGGAUAAGCGUGAGCUGCUCGGGGAUUAACGUGGAGGUGAACCAGGAGAGCAAGGCCUCCUCCGCAGCUUCGGCCGCGUCCGAGCCCUCCUCCGUCCCCUCCGCUUCUUCUGCCUCCUCUGUGCUGGGUUCUGGACUCGUGGCACCUGUGUCUCCAUACAAACCGGGCCAGGCAGUGUUCCCCUUGCCGCCCGCGGCCAUGUCUUACCCAGGCGGACUGGCUGGUGCCUACGGCGGCUACCCGCAGCCUUUCCUGCCGCACGGCGGCAGCCUCGUGAACGCGCAGCUGGCCACGUCGCUGGGCUGCAGCAAGGCCGGCUCGAGUCCGCUGGCCGGCGCCUCGCCACCCUCCAUCAUGUCGGCGAGCCUGUGCAGAGACCCGUACUGCCUGAGCUACCACUGCGCGAGCCACUUGGCGGGCGCAGCGGCGGCGGCGGGCGCCUCGUGCGCGCACGACUCCGCCCUCAAGUCCGGAUACCCUUUGGUGUACCCCGCGCACCCGCUGCACUCCGUGCACUCCACACCACCGUCCUUCGGCGGCCACGCCGCGCUCUACCCCUACGGCUUCGUGCUGCCCAACGACCCACUACCACACGUGUGCAACUGGGUGUCGGCGAAUGGGCCGUGCGAUAAGCGCUUCUCAUCUUCCGAGGAGCUGCUGAGUCACCUGAGGACCCACACGGCGUUCACCGGGGCCGACAAGCUCAUGUCCGGCUACCCGAGCUCGUCGUCACUCGCCAGCGCCGCCGCAGCCGCGGCCAUGGCCUGCCACAUGCACAUGCCAGCCUCAGGGGCUCCGGGCAGUCCCGGGACGCUCGCGCUUAGGAGCCCUCACCAUGCGCUGGGACUGAGUAGCCGUUACCACCCGUACUCUAAAAGCCCACUCCCCACAGCCGGAGCCCCCGUGCCCGUGCCGGCCGCCACCGGGCCCUACUACUCCCCCUAUGCACUCUACGGGCAGAGACUGACCACAGCAUCAGCGCUUGGAUAUCAGUGAAACGGACUCUUUUUAUCCCCACUACACCCUUUCUCCCUUCAAAAAAAUUUAUAGAUUAUAAAGAUUGAAAUAUAAAGACUUUUAUAGCAGCGCGCCACUGAAGGACUGGAUCCGUGGACUUCUUCCCCUCUCCCGUAUUUAUUUCUGUCAGCUCAAAGCGGACAAUAAUAAAGAGGAAAAAUAUCAGAGCAACUCAAAAGUGCAUUAAAGUCAGUAGGUGAAAGUGAGAGCCGCGGUAGAGUACUAAUAAAACUAGGGGCUCUGCGGUUUUCCACAUUGAUUUAAAAUUGCUAUGAUUGUAUUGUACAUUCUUAUUUAAUGUCACAUUGAAAAGGAAAUAAUUUACAUGCAUGUUUGUUUUUUUUGGUUGUUUUUGUUUUUUAAAUCCCAAAAUUGUCCGCAUAAUUUUAAAUGGCCGUUAUUUUUCAGGUGUAUACCAUGGAGAGAGAAUUGGUAUUUUUUUGUAUGUAUUCUGGGAAAAUAAGAAACAAUUCUGUUGCA